CUUCAACGAAGUGUGAGUGUCAGACUCAGAAGAACAGGAAGCUGUUUCUGUGGCUGUUAGAAAUUUCCUGAUAAAAACAUCUACUACGCCUGUUAGCAAACAACAGCAGCCCUGUGCUGAGAGAACUACAGUAUUUCUACUCUGAGCUGAACUCGGGGUGGACUCUUCAUGGUGUGAGUCUCUGGAUGAAGUUUCUAGUUGUUCUAGUCGCUCGUUUCAGGAAUGACACAUGGGAGACUCUGUAGAGAAGAGCUCAGACGACCCCCAGCCUGUAGAAGGGCCAGGGGGGCACAUGGACCUGCUGGAGACAAUGGGUAAGGGCAGGCUGGAGGAUGGCAGUGUAAACUUUGAGGAUUCAGGACUUUCUCAGCAGCUACAGGAUGGUCUGCAGAGUCUCCGGCUGGACGGUGUUCUCACGGACGUCACUCUCAAUGUCCAGGGCCACCUUUUCCCCUGCCACAGGGCUGUCCUUGCAGCUGCCAGUUUAUAUUUCAGAGCUAUGUUCUGUAAUGACCUGCGAGAGAAAUAUGAGGAGUGUGUGAAUAUUAAAGGAAUUGACGUGGAAAACAUGAAGAUCCUACUGGACUACACCUACACUAGCAAAGUGCACAUAACCAGGGAGAAUGUGCAGAAAACUCUGGAAGCUGCCAGCCUGUUCCAGUUCCCGCGGGUGGUGGAAGCAUGUUCAGCGUACAUGUCGGAGGCACUGCAGCCGGAGAACUGUGUUGGGAUCCUGCGCCUGGCAGACGCUCACGCCCUGACAGGGCUGCGGACACAGGCACAGGCAUACCUGGUGCAGAAUUUUGGACAGGUGUGUGCAGGGGAGGAGCUGACAGAGCUGCCAGCGGCCAAUCUCAUUGCACUUCUGCAGAGAGAUGAGCUGGGAGUCAGUCAGGAGGAGCAGGUGUUUGAGGCGGUGAUGCGCUGGGUUCGAGCAGACCAGUCUGACAGGCUGCCCCUGCUGCCCCAAAUCCUCGCCCAUGUACGACUCCCCCUGCUGGACCCGUGGUACUUCGUAGAGAAGGCAGAGGGGGAUGACCUGAUCCGUGGCUGUCCUGAACUGUUCCCACUGCUGCAAGAGGCACGCACCUACCACCUGACUGGAAGUGAGGUGAUUUCUGAGCGUACCAAGCCAAGACUGCAGCAGUUCCAGUCGGAGGUGUUUAUGAUUAUUGGCGGUUGCACCAAAGAUGAGAAGUUUGUGUCAGAGGUAACCUGUUUAGACCCACUGCGGAGAAGCCGGUUGGAGGUAGCCAAAUUGCCAAACACAGAGAUGGAGACGGAGACAGACAACAGAAAGUGGGUGGAGUUUGCAUGUGUCACCUUUCGGAAUGAAGUGUACCUGUCGGGUGGUAAAGAGACUCAGCACGAUGUGUGGAAAUACAACGCUUCCCUGAAUAAAUGGAUCCAGAUCGAGUUCAUGAACACUGGCCGCUGGAGGCACAAGAUGGCUGUAGUUGGGGGGAAGGUGUACGUGAUUGGGGGGUUCAAUGGGGCUGAGAGACUCAGCAGUGUGGAGGCGUAUGACCCCUUCCACAACUCCUGGACUGAGGCUGCACCACUGUUGUUCAGUGUGAGCUCCUUCUCUGCAGCCAGUUAUGGGAAGUGCAUCUACGUGAUUGGAGGCGGCCCAAAUGGGAAACUGGCCACAAACAGCCUGCAGUGUUUUGACCCGGCAGUGAACAAGUGGACCCUGAGGAGCCCGAUGCCUGUCGAAGCUAAAUGCACCAAUGCAGUGACCUUCAGAGACUCCAUCUAUGUAGUCGGAGGAGCGAUGAAGGCAGUGUUCAGCUACAGGCCGGAUGUAGAUGAGUGGACGCUGGUGGUGGAGCUGGGUGGGGAGCGGGCGAGCUGUGGGAUCGCAGCCUGCAGUAAUAAACUCUUUAUCACAGGGGGACGAGAUGAGAGAAACGAGGUGAUCGCCACGGUGCUGUGCUGGGACCCAGAGGCCCGGCGUCUGACUGAGGAGUGUGUGCUGCCCCGCGGGGUGUCCCACCACGGCAGCGUGACUCUGCGGAAAUCCUACACACACAUCCGCAGGAUCACCCCCGGGACCGCCAGUGCUGGACUGUAGCAUGUAGCCUGGGACGCCCUGUUCCCAUACCACUGCUGAGCAAUUGUGGCGGGGUGCAGAACUCUAAAACUGAAAUUCACACAGCUCCCUCAGUGUCACCUGUCAGACUAACUCUGUGCUGCAUCUGCAUAUUUUAAUAAAUGUUUU